GCUUAAAAUCUCCGAUUCUCCCUGCCUUGCGGAUGUAAAUUUUUACGUAACUGGUCCAAGCGGUCACCCUCUAAAUCUAAUCCAAUCUCCAAACCCUAAAGGAAACAGGCUUCGGAUCUACCGAAUUUGACUCUCAUUUGAAUUUCAUUUAAUGUGAAUUUCAAUAUAAUUUCAUUCAUAUUCUCCCAUUUUCCUCUCCCCAAGCCCCGAGAACUACGGGCUUUUUUUCUCUUUUUUAUUUCCGAAAGAUUUUCAAAACAUGAAUUUGCAUUAUUUCCUCAUUUCAUUUCAAUUUCAAUUUCAAUUUCGAGACGUUACUUUCUCCCUCUAGAACCGCACUCCCUCCCUCUUUACUCUAUUUCUCUCUCUACAAGACUUCAAAAAAAAAAAAAAAAAAUUCUCUUUCAUUGGUUUUCUUUUUAUUGAUAGCAUCGAUGGAGAUUAUAUCUGACGAUAAAUUUUUUUGUUGUUUAAUAAAAGGCUGUUCUUACUCUAGCCCUUGAUAUUUACUCUUUGGAUCCUUAAAAACAACAGUUGAAUGCUUUCAACUACGCCGCUAUAUUUCUCUCUCUCCUUAGAUCUGUUUCAACUUUGCUCUGCUUAGCAGAUUUUUGGCUUCCGAGUUGUUCUUUUUCUUUCGCUAACUGAAGCAUGUGCGGUGGUCCAGAGCGAUCAAAAUCUGAAUUCACUCCAACUUCUACUGAAGAAACUACAACUAACACCAAAGACAUGAAUUGCGUAACCAUGAAAACUGAAAAUUCCUUUUCCAGCUUACUUGAGCUUGCUUCUAACAAUGAUGUUGAGGGCAUUAAGCAAUCUAUAGAGCAGGAUGCUUCUUCAAUCGAUGAGGUUGGACUUUGGUAUAGUCGUGAAAAGGGCUCAAACCAAAUAGUUGCAAAGCAUAGAACUCCAUUAAUGGUUGCUGCUACCUAUGGUAGUGUUGAUGUUGUUAAGCUUAUACUGACUCACUCAGGGGCUGAUGUCAACCUAUCAUGUGGCACGGAAAAAAGCACUGCCCUUCACUGUGCUGCCUCUGGUGGAUCUCUUCAUGCAUUUGAUGUUGUCAAGCUACUUUUAUCAGCUGGUGCUGAUCCAAACUGCACUGAUGCCAUUGGCUGCCGACCUGCCGAUGUUAUUAUAGUACAUCCCAAACUCCAAAGCAUGAGAGCUGUUUUGGAAGAACUUCUUUCAGGACAUGUUUCUGAUGACACUUUUGGGGAGCACAAUUUGCGGAUGUCUGUUGAUGACUCUACUUCUAGUUCGCCAACCCUUUCUUCUUCACUGGAGAAUGGAUCACCACCCUCUCCUUCGGAUCUAACAUCUUCUCCAAUGGCUUCCAAAUUCCUUGAUAUGCCUUUUAACUCCACAAUAGAGAAGAAAGAAUACCCAGUUGAUCCAUCUCUCCCUGAUAUCAAGAACAGCAUUUAUGCAACUGAUGAGUUCCGUAUGUAUUCAUUCAAGAUCCGUCCUUGCUCAAGAGCAUACUCCCAUGAUUGGACAGAGUGUCCUUUUGUCCAUCCAGGAGAGAAUGCGCGUAGAAGGGACCCACGAAAGUACCACUACAGCUGUGUGCCUUGCCCUGAUUUCAGAAAAGGGGCUUGUAGACGUGGGGAUAUGUGUGAAUAUGCUCAUGGAGUUUUUGAAUGUUGGCUACAUCCAGCUCAAUACCGGACUCGGCUGUGCAAGGAUGGCACAAGUUGCAAUAGGCGGGUCUGCUUUUUUGCGCACACUGCCGAGGAACUCCGCCCACUGUAUGUCUCUACUGGUUCUGCUGUUCCUUCACCACGCUCAUCUGCAUCUGUUGUUAAUUUCAUGGACAUGGCUGCUGCUAUGAAUGUUUUUCCUGGUUCACCGUCAACAGUAUCAUCCCCACCCCCUUCUCCAUUUAACCAGCCCAUGUCUCCAUCGUCUAAUGGGCUUUCACACUCACCUGUAGCAUGGUCCCAGCCAAAUGUUCCAACACUUCAGCUCCCUGGAAGUAACCUUCAAUCAAGCCGCCUGAGAUCCUCCCUUAGUGCUCGAGACAUCCCACCUGAGGACUUUGACAUGUUGCCAGAUUUUGAUGCACAGCAACAGAUUCUAAAUGAUUUAACCUGUUUCUCUCGGUCCCAUAACAGUUCUGUGUCUAUGAGUCGUUCUGGUCGAUCUAAAACAUUAACUCCUUCAAACCUUGAAGAGCUAUUUUCUGCAGAAAUCUCUUCAACUCCUCAAUAUACUGAUCAGACAGCUGCUUCUGCUGUAUUUUCCCCAACUCAUAAAUCUACUGUUCUCAAUCAAUUCCAUCAGCAACAGAGCAUGUUAUCUCCAAUCAAUACAAGUGUUUUCUCACCCAAAAACAUUGAGCAUCUUCGGUUACAGGCUUUCUUUGGUGUUGGGUCUCCAGGAAGAAUGUCACCUAGAAGCGCGGAGCCAAUCUCCCCUAUGGCUGCUCGCCUAUCUGCAUUUGUUCAGCUUGAGAAGCAACAACAGCAGCUACGCAGCAUUAGCUCUAGGGAACUUGGAUUCAAUAAUCAUGCUUCUAUUGCUGGAGCUCCUGUGGAUUCUUGUUGGUCCAAGUGGGGAUCACCUAAUGGAAAGUUGGACUGGUCAGUCAGUGGAGAUGAAAUGGGACAAUUGCGGAGAUCAUCAUCAUUUGAGCCUGGGAACAUUGGUGAGGAGCCUGAUUUGUCAUGGGUCCAAUCUCUUGUGAAGGAAUCCCCACCUGAAAUGGUAAAAGAGAAGUUGGCAGUUUCUCUCCCAGUUGAUGCAUCAUCUGGUGAGGUUCUGAAUAAUUCUAAUUCCCAAAUCGAUUCUGUUGAUCAUUCUGUUAUAGGGGCUUGGCUCGAGCAGAUGCAGCACGAUCAACUUGUAGUCUAGUGAGGAAGAUAGCUCUGGAAAGUGAAAGUGUGGUAAAGGCAGAAAAAACAUGCGUGGCCUAAAGAGUAGGCGGGAAAUUUCUGGGAAUUUUAUUCAAUUUUUUUUUUUUUAAUUUACAACGGAAUUCCUGCAAAAGUGUAGGAAGCCUCAAUCUGGGCUAAUAUUAGGUAUUCAGGCCUAGUUUCUGGUCUUUCUCUUUCGUCAUAUGUCUGUGUUUAGGAUUAUUUGUUCCUUGCUGUUUUCAUUUUGAAGGAAGGAUAGCUACAUGUUUAAAGGUUUUGUAUCCUUUUGAUGUUUUAUUUUACUUCAAUAUGUUAAAAAUUGGUAAGUUAGUGAAGAAAGAAUACCGAGGGAGAGGAGAGGUGAUUGUUUGUUAUAUGAUGUAGAAGGUGUGCAUAUGAUUAGAAAAUGCAUUUGUGGGAUCAUAAUCGAA